AUGGUCUCAACGUACCAGAUGCCGAAUUACUUCAGACCGACACCUUUGACCGUGGACACAAGUCAGGCGCAAAAGUACUACGAAGAGGAGGAUCACAGCAUUCUGGACGAGAACAUCUUGGAUCACAGCGCCCUCGACUCAGGUUUGGAAAUGUCGCCCCCCAUGGCCGGCAGCCGGAGGGAGUCUUUUGCCGUUGGCUCUUCUCUCUUCUCGCCCAAGACGGAAGAAUGGCAAUCAGUCGACAUGCAGUCGGUGCCCUCCAACAACCCGUUCAUCGAGCAGCACAGCAACAACCCCUUCAUGCAACCCUCUCCUUUUGGACACCAGGGCAACGCCUGGUCCUUGAGCAACACCUCCGGCUCUUGCACUCCUCUGCAACAGUUCGACGGUAUGCCGGCGGAAUAUGACAACAGCGGCAUGUUCCAAAGACCCGUCCAAGGCCAAACGCCCUUCACCAACCCUACCGGUCAGAUCAACAUGUUCGCUCCCAUCGGCUCAGGCAACCAGUCCAUCCCUACCUCACCACAGAAGGGCUGGAUCGGCCAGGCAGAGUCCAUGGCCAAGAAGAUGCGCCCGGGAAGCCCUACCAUCCGCUCGCAUAACGACAUGAGGAGAGGUGACGGCAUUCGCAAGAAGAACGCCCGCUUCGACAUCCCCGCCGAGCGCAACCUCAGCAACAUCGACCACCUCAUUGCCCAGUCCACCGAUGAGCAGGAGAUCAAGGAGCUCAAGCAGCAGAAGCGCCUGUUGAGGAAUCGGCAAGCAGCGCUCGACUCUCGCCAGAGGAAAAAGCAGCACACUGAGCGCCUCGAGGACGAGAAGAAGCAGUUCACUGCCGUCCUCACCGACAUGGAGGAGGAGCUCGCCGACAUGAGGAAACAAAUGGAGCAGCUCAUGAGGGAGAAGCAGUCCUACCAGGAGUAUGUCGAGUCCCUCACGAUGGAGAAGGAGGAGAUGAUCCGCACCCACACCAUCGAGACGGGCGAACUCCGCAAGAAGGUCAGCGUCCUCACCGACCACGUCCAGCGUCUGGAGAGCGCCGCCAUGACGGCCCCUCCCAACAACGGCUUCGUCUCCGGCUUCGACGACAUAGAGGGCAUGACCAUGCCCGGCACCUGGGACAACGUCAACUUCCUCGGCGAGUACCCCAUGGAGGCCGAGGUCAAGCAAGAGCUCCAGGUCGUCCCGACCAAGAAGACAGAGGUUCCCUUCCCCGUCGACUCCGAGAAGUCCUCUUCCCAGGGCGGCAUCCUCUUCAUGCUCUUCCUCGUCGGCGCCUUCGUCCUCUCCAGCCGCUCUACCCCCGCCAUUCCCCGCGUCUCCGACGACGUCCGCGCCGAAGCAGCCACUCUCCUCCAGAACGUCUUCAAGGAUGCCGGCGUCAACGAGGCUUCCAACACCCUCAACGCCCUCGCUCCCCAGCCUUCCGGCGGCUCCUGGGUCGACCAACCCGUCGUCGGCCUCGGCGAUGCCCAGAUGUCCGGCGUGGCUCCUUCCAUGCUCGGCCACCUCGGUGACUCGCUCACCCAGCCCACCGAGGAGCAAGCUAACGAGCAACUCUUCGGCCUCUCCGCCGCCCAGUACAACGGCGUCAACUCCCAAGACUUCCUCCACAACGCCCCCGACCGCUCCACCACGAGCCAGGGACGGAAGAACCUCGCCGACGCCCUCGCCGCGAUGCGCAACUCCAAGCAGUCCGCCGCCGACGUCUACACUAGAUCGCUACUUUGGGACCAGAUCCCCAGCGAAGUAGUCAGGAAUUUUGCCAAAAUGGUGUCCGAAACCAACAGCGCCAAGAUCGGCGCUGACGAAUAA